UCCCCGCCCCACCCUCGGGGAACGCAGGCGCUCCGGGUCUCCCUUCCUCCCGCUCGCUCGAGUCACUUCUCGGCAAAGCUUUGGAGAGGCGUGUUGGAAACCGGCUUUGAAAGACCAACAUUCGUUUCCCAAACUGGGGCCCGGGAGAGCUGGAGUGGGCGGGUUCCGGGCCGUGGAACCGAGUGCAUGUCUGAGGCGGCCAUGGAAGCGGAGGUGGGACCGGGCCAAUCCGGAGAGCCCGUUGAGCUCCCCGCGGCAGUGCGGGCGAAGAUCGAGCGAAAUCGGCAACGAGCCCUGAUGCUACGCCAGGCCCGGCUGGCGGCGAGGCCGUACCCCGCGUUAGGGGCAGCGUCGGGGAGUGCUGGAGGUGCAGGCAUUACUAAUGUGAAAUCAGCACCAAAGAUAAUUGAUACAGGAGGAGGUUUCUUUUUAGAAGAGGAAGAAGAGGAGGAGCACAAAAUUGACAAAGUUGUACAUAAACCAGGGCCUGUUCUAGAAUGUGAUUAUGCAAUUUGUGAAGAAUGUGGGAAAGAGUUUAUGGAUUCUUACCUCAUCAACCACUUUGAUUUGGCAACUUGUGAUAAUUGCAGAGAUGCUGAUGGUAAACACAAGCUUAUAACUAAAACAGAAGCAAAACAACAGUACCUCUUGAAAGAUUGUGAUUUAGAAAAAAGAGAACCAGUGCUUAAAUUUAUUGUAAAAAAGAAUCCUCAUCAUUCACAGUGGGGUGAUAUGAAACUUUACUUAAAACUGCAGGUUAUAAAGAGGGCUCUUGAAGUUUGGGGUAGCGAAGAAGCCCUGGAAGAAGCAAAGGAAGUUCGACAGGAAAACCGGGAGAAAAUGAAACAGAAAAAAUUUGAUAAAAAAGUAAAAGAAUUACGUAGAGCUGUAAGAAGCAGUGUAUGGAAAAAAGAAACUACUAUUCACCAGCACGAGUAUGGAGCAGAAGAAAGCAUUGAAGAAGACAUGUACCAGAAGACUUGUACAAUCUGUGGCCAUCAAUUGACUUAUGAAAAAAUGUAAUCUGAGUUUUAACCUAACCAUUUUGAAAUUGUAUAUUUAAAUAAAGAAAAUUUUAAUGAUUAAAUAAUAUGAAGUGAUUUCAGUUUUCUGUUAGCAAGCACUGACUUUUUACAUAUGUAUGGGCAUUUAUUUAUUAGAUAUUUGUGGUUAGAAGCAAGUUAACUUAUUUUCAUCAUGCAGUGGGGUGAAUCCAAAAGGUCCUAAGGUCAAUAGUUCUUGCUGUACUUUUAGCCUUGGUAUUAAGAAAAAACAGCUACAAUAGUCUCUUUAGUUCUCAACCAAUUUAAGUUUGAUAUUGUCUGUGCUUUUGGAAUUGUCAUAAAACGUGUCUAAUUAAAACACAUCCACAUAUUUUACCA